AUGAUAGAAGUAACAAAGCAUAUUGAAGAUACUAGGACAAGUACACCGUCUGCGGACGAUGAGAAGCUGUCAAAAGACAACGGUGUCCAGAACACUUCAGAGCACCACCAGAAGCGGCGACGGCGACAAUCUGAACCGAGCAGAUAUGAGCUUCUUUGUGCUCGAUCAUUGCUUUUGUGGCUGAUUGCUAGUGGAGGAACGGGGCUCACUGUUGGAAUUAUCUUGGUCAUUACAUGGGUUGCCCAGCCCAAGGCGAUGAGAUCAACCCAGUCUCACAACUUCAUCUCGAUAAGCCCUCCUAAUGCAUCAAGCUCUACGGCUGAUGCAUACCUCAACAGCUACUCAAACUCUGUGAUUCCCGUACCUGUUCAUUCGCACAAUGACUACUGGCGGCCGUAUCCGCUCUACUCAGCCCUAGCAGCUGGUUGCACCAGCGUUGAGGCAGACGUCUGGCUGAGCCCGGAUACCAGCGAUCUCUACGUUGGCCAUCACCGUUCAGCAUUAGUGCCUGGCAGGACUUUGCAAUCACUCUAUCUGAAUCCUUUAAAAGAGAUUCUCGACAAGUUAAAUCCGACCAAUAUAUCCGACUUAGCCAACAACCCCAACGGAGUUUUCCAAACGGCACCUGACACGACCUUGAUUCUGCUCAUUGAUAUCAAAGGAAACGCAUCGCAGAUAUGGCCAAUUGUUAACAAGCAGCUAGAACCACUGCGCCAGAAGGGCUACCUUUCAACACUUGAGUACAACAGCAGCACGUCUAACGCAACAUUGACACCAACAUUCCAGCGGCGUCCUAUCACGGUUGUGGCCUCUGGCAAUAUCGGCAAGUCGAACAUCACUGGAGUCGGUUGUGAGGCUUUGGCCAUAUAUAAAGAAACAUUCCUUGAUGCCCCCAUCGAUGCUCUUGUUGAAAAAUCGAACUUUGGGAUACUGCCGGGCUGUCAGGUGGACUCCUUUCUAGGUCAACCUCUUGCCAAAUUUUACACUGCAUCAGCGCCGUUCAUGCGUUCAUUCAAAAUGCUGAACUCUGGACUUACCAACGGUCAAAAGAGCACGAUUCGGGCAAGCUUGCAAGCGGCGGCAGCAAAGAAUUUAACGUCUAGAUACUGGUCGCUUCCGUCGUGGCCGAUUUCUCGACGGGAUUACAUCUGGCAAUUCUUAGUUGACGAAGGCAUUGGCUUAUUAAAUGCAGACGAUAUUGAGAGUGCUACGCGCCUGGAAUGGAACAAAGCAUAUAAGGCAGAACUCAUUUGGAUUGGAAUUUCCUCGGCUUAUAUAUUCGUUGCGUCAUUAGUGUUUGCCUAUCUGUACGACCGAUCGAAUACGUCAAAGUCAUCAAAAAAGGCGCUUGCAGAGUCAGCAUGA